GCCGCAGCGUCAGCGUGAGGAAGCCGGAAGCGGCCUGUUGUCACGUGUGGGUGGUGGCCGCGGCGGCUCGGCCGGGAUCCCUCUCUGGAAGACGUGUGGCCACGGCCCUCCUUAGAACAGGGUCCAGGGUGGCUCAUCUGUUGGUGCGGAGGCAGAGAACAGGCCUUCUCCGUCACAGAAGACAGCGAGUAGACGAAGCCUUGCAGCAGAGAGUCAAGAUGUACAUCUGUGAUCUCUACAAAUACGACAAGGUUACAUCAAGAACAGUGGAUGUCCCCUGACAGUUUUACUCUGCACAGAUGCAGCAACCUGGGGCUGCCUGGAGGUGCACUGACCAAAGACAGUUUCUAUUUGACGAUAAUGGUAGCUUAAAGAUGGAUGCUCCCAAAGAAGCUCAGCCUACAGGAGAGUUCACAUGUCAGCUAUGUAGUUUAACAGCUCCAUACACAUACUAUGGGCAGAAGCCACCGAACACACGGUCUAUUGUGCUUUUGGAAGAAAGCUAUGUCAUGAAGGAUCCUUUCAGCCCCGACAAGGACAAAUUCCUCAUCCUUGGGUCCCACUGCAGUUUGUGUAGCAGAUCAGUGUGUGUUGGUACCGAAUGUAGCCUGUUCUACUCCAAAAGGUUCUGCCUCCCCUGUGUGAAUGAAAACCUAGCGGCCUUUCCUUUGGAAAUACAAGAAGAUAUGGAUAAAAGGAAGCCCCAACAAAAAUCCUUCCCCUGUAAAAAAAGGGAUACAAGAACAUAAAUACUGAAGGACCAAGAGAGACAGUUCUUUGGCUGGGGUUUCUCCUCUCUCCUUUUGGAGACUAUCAGGUUGCUCCUUUUAAAGAGGUGACCUUCCUCAGUUCACUACUACAGAACACAGUAACACAUUUCCUUAUUAUUGGCUUGGCUUCAAACAUCAUCAUGCAGCGAUUGCAGUGCCAGCAGUAUGGCCUUAAGGUGUCGAAGAGCCAGAAAGAAAGGCAGAUAAGCCUGUUGUCACCACAUAAAAAACCACAUAGUAAAAAAACCUAAACAGCGUAUAGAAUAGGAACCACGUCCAAAUUUUCACAUUUGUAAUUUUCAUGUUUUGUGGUGUUCUUUGACACUCCUACAGUGUUGUGAAAAUCCGAGACAGAUUUAUCUGGCUUAAUUCAGUAUACAUCCAAGAAAGUCAGUAUACACCAGUUGUUAACCUGGCAGUGCUGCCCUGAUAAGGCUACAGUAGGCAGGGAAUUUGAAGCUUUAUUUUGAAGUCUAAAAUAAAACUAUUAUGAGAAAAUGUCACAGAUUCCCAUAGAAAUACCUAGAUUCUUCAAGAUUAUAAUCUCAAUACUAUCACAGCAUUUAGACUUCUGAAGGUAGGUGCUUUUACAAUAAAAUACCAAUAUAAUUAAAAAAAAAUAAAAUAAAAUUAUACUUACCAGUCACUUGCAUUUGCAGUCACUUUCCACUCAAUAUUCCAGUUUCACUUAGUCUUUCACUCUCACAUCAGUUAAUCUGGAAAUAGAAAAGUUCGGUUAAUAAGCUCAGUUCUUUCCUGAACUAGGCAAUUAAACUGCAGCUAGAAUAGGAAUUUCAGAAACAUAGUUUCAGUCAAAAAAGGGUAAAAAAUUGUUAGGGAAACAGCAGUUUAGCUCAAAAAUUAGCUUCACAAUUGUCUGUGUUGACUUUGUUUUAGUUAUGAGGAAGAUUUAGGUGGCAUCUGUAUCAAACCACUUAGUCGUACACAUUAAGGAUAUGUGUAAGAGGCUCCCUAAUCACCAAAUCACAUUAUUUACUCAAGCUUGUGUUGGUCAUUGGUUCAGAACCUGUUAAUGCCUUGGUUAACAUCUCCUCCUUUCUCAGCUCUUUCAUCAAUACCAUUUGUUGUAUGUCAACAUCUAAACUUGAUCAUUUUAUUAGAAUGAACCAUGUGUCUGUUAAAAGAAAUCAACAUUAUUUCAAUGAGUUAUUUUUAAUUCUUUAGGAAGUUCAAGUGUCUUAAAAUCUUUCUUUUUUCUGUACUUAGUGUGUUGGUGUCCUCUCUUGGGGACUGCAAUUUCUUGCAGUUACUAGAAGAGCAAUAGUGGACCUAUUAGUACCCUUUUCAAGCUCUAGGUGCUUUAAGACAUAAAAUGCUUAUACAUUAAUUGUGGGAAAAAAGCUACAUGUUAAAAGUCCACAUUUCAGAUUCCUUUCUGCAGUAACGAGACUACGCUUUCAAAGAAAUUGAUGCAUUGAGUGAGCGGUUGCCUGGUGCUUAGUUACUGGCUGGGCUUAAACUGCAACAACUUACUUAGAAUGGAUGGCAUUAGAUUCCAGUUUCAUGUUAGACCACACACACACUUUAAAAAUUGUAGUGUCUGCUCUGCACAAAUAACAGAGGCAUAUGCUAAAAACCAGAGCUGUAACAAGAGUGAGAGAUGCUAGAAAGAGAAUCACAGCGCUUUUCCAUCUUAAAAUUGUAGUCAUUAUAAUCAAACUGACAAAAAGCAACAUUGUUAUGUGAGAUCUGAGUCUGUGUUUAUACCAGCAAAUAUCUUUCUAAACCAUUUUAUUUCCUGUAUUUCAUGAUGUUUGCAACAGGUUGUAUCUUAACUUGUAGUAAAGUUGAAAACCUACUUGAAAGCAGGUUUUAGAAGCCUGGCUAGCGCGGUUCUAUAUCUAAAUGAGAAUGUGCCUUUGGGCUGUCUGACAUGGAGGCCUGUCUUGGCUCUGGGAGAUGCACCCACCUAUGUGCUGGGAAGGAUAUAGUGUCUCUGAGCUGUUUUCAACCUCCUUUCCUCUUCAACCUCCUCUGUGCCCUUUAAGAAAAAUGCAGUUAACUCAUUUAUUCAUAAUUGUUAUCUUUACUAUCAUGAUAUGAUAAAAGAAUGGUUCCAAGCCCUCAGAAAUGACCCUACCUUUAAGUACUUGUUAAGUUGAACUGGAGGGGGAGUAGACUCACUAUUAAGAGGGAGCAGAAUCUGUAAGUACAGGAUUUUUUUCAUUUGGCCUGAUACAGCUCAUUUCUUUAUCUCGAGUACAACAGGAAAAAGGCAAGUUAAGGAUACCUAUGCUUCACAGUUACUUGGUUAUGCAUACCUUUUAGGGGAAGAAAAGCAUACCUCCAGCAAGUACCACAAAGUGGUUCCGUAGCCUGGGGUCAGCAGAUACGUUCUGUCAUCACUGGUGCAUGGUCUUGGGAAAGACGGCUGACCUACGUGCAAUUUGGUAUUUCCUGCAAUGACAAAGGAUCAUUUUCUGCACCCAGAUGUUAAAACGUGUAUUCCACAUUCUCCUAUUCCCAUUAUGGUCUCUGUAUCAUCAUAUAAUGUUUUUGAGAUAUAUGUGAUCGCACAGACCAAGUGCCAUCAUGUCCAAACUUACCAGGUAUGAGGCCUACUCUUCCAGAUACUUGGAGCCUUUGCACUUUGGUUCCAACAGGUUUCGCGAAUACUUUCUGUGGCUCAGAAUCAGGCCCUCAAUGCUCCUGAGCACAGCUGAUGAAGAAAUCUAAUUCUUUACCCUUGGCUGUAAUUUUUCUUUAGCACUCUUUCACCAGCUUAAUAAAUCCCCAGGUUCUUGAAGGAAGACAAUUAUAUGUGACAUAUCCUGCCAACUGAUUUAAUUGAAACCAUGCUCAUCAAAUUAGUCAGUAUGCUGCACUUCAUGUAGAAGUGCAUUCAGUGCUUGUUGAAUUCAACAAGCAUCUAAAAUUGGUCAUACAGGCAAUGAGAAUGGAAGGACACAGCAGGACCUCGGGUCAGCAGACAAACUGAUGAAAUAUAUAUAAAUAUAUAUUACAUAUGCAAUAUAUAGAUUGUACGUUACACACAAUUUAAAAGGUGUGUCUAACAGUUAAUCUGUAAGCAUCAGCACUUUAAAGAUGCUUCAAAUAUCAUUCCGCCUUUAAAAGAUCUUUGCCAUACACACAUCUUAUUAUGGAGUAAACAUACUUAAUACACUUUGUUAACAGAUAUUUGAUGCUAACCCAAAAAAAUCUGGGCACCAAUCCCAGCAAGGUUGCUUAUCCACGCUUGUUCACUACUAAAAAUCAGCAUGAUUACUCCCUGGUAUAAAGUUAAGGAGCUAAGUGUUCUCUGAAGCAAGGCCUUAUAUACCAAAUUAAGCCAAAUCAGGUUAAGGCAAAAUCAUUCAAGUUCUUAAUUAGAGUAGAGCAGCACAAAACACACGUUGACGCCACUGGCGCUGUCGUGGAAGGCUUCACCGUUCCCAGGUGUGCCACCACUUGCAGUCCCCAGGUCCCGAUUCUGCAAACAUUUACAGAAGCUAUCAGUUGGGAUUGUAAGUGGUUGUACAAGGGCGCAGACCAGAACUACUGUCGUGUACAUAAACGUUACUCAUGCGUGCAUGGUCAGUGAAUGAGGGACUCGGUUAAGACUUGGCAGCUGCUUUGGAUAGCGUACAAGAGGCAGCCAGCAGAGGGUUACAAGUGUGUCUCAAAACCAUGACAUUACAGUGAAUUACUUUCCUGGAAGUAAAAGAUCAACCCAAGUCGUUAAAUUCACUUUUAAAAAUACUUUAUUUUUUAAAAACCAUUAAGGCAGAACCAUAUCUCAAAUUAAUUGUGUUUACAUUCAAUGUGAAAGGAUGACUUUUUUUUUUUUUAAAGCACAUAGGUUCCUACCAGUCUCAUUACAAACACUAUGAAUUCAACCUCUUAUUUUGAAAGGGGAUGGGGAAAAAAAUCAGAAUGUAAAAAAGACAACAAACAUUUAGUUCAAGUUUUUUCAUCCUAGAUCAGUAGGCUGGUAACAUUUGAGAAUCCAUCAUUUAUUUAGCUAUACGUAAUUUUUACAUUCACGAGUGCAAGAGACUGUCUUUCCUAUAAACCCCUGUAAGACCAGGGCUUCCGUUCUUUCUUGAAAAUGUCAUUUGCAUUGUUCUGACAGAAAGAAACUUGGGAACUUGGCUUGAAUUAGUGGUAUUUUACUGGGAAACAAGCAUUCCAUGAGAAUUAGGUUUGACUACUCCCUGCAAGAAAUGUCUGCUCUUUUUAAGUUCCAUAUUCUCUGUAAUAAAACAUACCCAAAAACUCCUAAAAACACAGGUGACUGGAAACAAUGAUCUGUUGGGGUUUUUUUUUUUCUCUUUAAUAUCUUGAUUUAAUUAAACACUUGUUAGCUCUAGUGAUUAGGGUUUGGCAGCGUUAACAAAAAAAUGUGCUCUUUUUGUGCCAUAUCAGAUAACAGACAAUUUAAGACGUGAUAAAGGGUUUUAACAUCAUGAUGUAAUUAAACUCUUGUGUUACAUGCCUAAAGAAAAUUCAGAGCAAUUGUCUGUAAAAGCUGUGAAAUAGCAGGAGCAAUAUGAAAUGCAGCUCAUCCGAGAAGCUGAUAAAACAGCCUUUGUCAAACAGUUAAGAGGGGUGUUCUUGUUAAAAAAUCCAUAGUAUUAAAACUUUGAUUAGAUUUGUUAUUACUAAAGAAAUAACUAAAGCCAUAAAUGUUCUUCCACUCCUGAAACCAGAAGAAACUGAGAGCCAUGGCUUCACAUGGCUUCACCUAUCCCACAGGAUUCGUUUCCCAGGGGAGAGGGAUGGACGACUGGAUCAGGAGCAGCUCCCUCCCGCUGUCUGCACAACGUGCCGGGGCAGAACAGCGGCAGCCUGCACCGGGCCCGCCUGCCCAAGGGCGCUGCUGGCAAGUGCUAGCAGAUAGAUACCCGGCUGAAUACGCACGCAGCACCGCCAACAACUCUGUUACUCACAGGAGGGCAAAGGCACUAUGUCUCCGUGAAGGCAACCCUAUGCUACCGUGUGGCAGAAGAUACCUGGAGUAUCCCAACGAGCCAGAGGUAACGAUGGGUGGAUUUGAACAGCACUCGACCUGGUCAUUUGCAUAUGAAUCGUCCAGCAGAAGAUGUGCAGAACCUUCUUAGAGUUCCUGUUGCACAUCACCAACAGAUUCUGAAGGAUUAUACUGCACCCCUAGCAGUAGCAGUAGAAUGCAGUAUGUGCAUGUUGCCAAUAUUUUGGUUAGUUAAUAUUUUCCCAUACUGACAAUUUUUUGUUUUCUUCCAAGUGUAAAAAAUGCCAUAAACCUUCUUGCGCUGACCAUAAGGCUGGUGUCCUUUCCACAGUCGGGAUUAAAGUACCUGCGUAUCCAACCUGAGAAAACAGACCAAAAUGCUUACAGACAACUCAAGUACCUUAUGCCUCACCUUGCAGUCCUUAUUUAAGGCCCAGCCUGCAAUCAGAUUAAUCUCUUUUGUGCAUGCAGUCUAUCCCCUGGGCAGAGGCAACUCAUCUGAAAGGGAUGGCCUGGCAACAGGAAUUCUGUUUUGAAACAUCCUUGCAAUGGAAUCGGACAAGAUCGACUAACACAAGAAAGGAGUUCAAGAAAAAAAACAAAACCAACACAAAACAGCUUCAGAAGCUGAAAAAGAUUUUAAAAACCCUGUAAGCACAUUUGAGAAAGCAAGAGAGGAAAUACCCUUACCCUAGGAUGGGUUUAAUUACCAAUGACUUUGUAUCACAUAUUUACAAUGUAAAGUGACAUAUCUUUUAGUACCAUCUACAGGUUUGGUUUUUUUUCAUUGCUGCCUAUGAAACUGAGAAAAGAAGUAGCUGUAGGUUACCAAAAGAAAAUCCAGUAGAGCUUUUACAAAUACGACACAGACAUCUUAGUAGACAACAAUGUAUGAUGACACCGAUCAAAUGAAAAUUUCAAGUUGCAGCAAUUUGGGAAAAAAAUAAUUAUCUAUUACAAAUAAAAUGCAGUAAGUAUAAAUCAUUGCUGGAACGUUUGUAAUGUACUGUGCUUGUACUAGAUGCAAAAUAAAAGGUACAUCUUAAAAAGGUAAAUUUUUGCUGUAUCAGCAGUCAUUAGCAGGAAUGCUGUAGGCACAGAUUGUCACACAUGAAUCACAGGACACAGAAUCCCUACGAACAGACUCUGAAUUCAUCUCUACGUAAAAUCAUAAAGGGAACACUCCUAUACAAAAGCCAAUAAUGGCAUUUCAACAUUUUGUUUAGCACUGCCAAAUUACCUAUUUUAAAAUACAUCUAUAAAAACUGCAGAUCAACCUCAGUGCAGGUAGCAGGAAAUAAUCCCAAAUACACAGUUAUUUCUCAUAAGCCACAAAUCAGUUCCUCAGAAAAUACCAGUAACGGAGUACUAACACAAUCUAGCUCUAUUUAGCGCUCUCUUCAGACUUUUAAGGAAAAUGAACUACUGUGCUGUAAAAAUGAACAUAGUUCUAUAAAUGAUCUGUCAUGUUGGUGAGUUUGAGUUAAAACAUUCAAAAUAGUAACUUGAUUUUGGGAUUACAGCUCUUCCUCACCUAGACUUACCUUUAUUACAAUUAAAUAAAAGGAAGUCUGUGAUUCUGUGUGAAAAUAUAUUUGAAAGUUUGGUUAUAGUUGUCAACAUGAAACACCGAUAAGUUGCAGAAUUUGUGAUACUUCUUCACAAAUGAUACAGUAAUAAUGACCAGACAGGAAUAAACAGCAGUUUGUCUUAGCCUUCAGGCCCAUCAUCCUUACCCAUAAAAGUAAAUCUUUCCUCACUGUACAAAAGGGUUCACAAGAUAAAGUAUGAAACAAAUAUUUAAAUUAAAUAAUUUACAUAUUUUUCUUAAAGCACCUCUGUAAUAUAAUUUAGUGAAAGUUUGUAUCUUGCAAUUAUAUUCUUGUAUUUUACAAAUCAAACCACGAAGAAAUGGUAUUACAUUAAAUUAAAAAAAUCCCACAACAUGUAACAUCAAUAAUCUUAGAUCAAACCCACAUAUAAUUUAAAUCUCUAGUAAAAGAAGGAUAAUAAAGCUGAUUAAACCUAGAUUAAAAAAACCCCACAAACUAUAUGCAACUGCUUAUCAAGAAAGCACUUGAGAUAUAGGCAAGCACCAGAUACCACGCUACACCCUACAUUUCAACACUUACUAAAGGAUCAGGGUUUUCAGGGAAGGACCAUUGUUUGUAGGACCUUACGCUUAAGCAAUAUCAAACCAGCUGCAAAUGCAUUUGUUAAAUGUAGUUGCAGAUUUUCAACUAAGCAACAGGGAUGCUUAAGGAAGGAGAGACAGAGCUGAAAUUGUUCCUCUUCAGACACAGUACAGGCAGCUACAGCAUAAUCUUCAACUGCUUAUUAGAAAUAAUGAGGAAAUUCAAAUUUAAUAGUAUGUGACCCAGCUCUCGUGAUGAAUAAAUCUCCCAAGUUUUAGCAGUUUGAAUAAACAAACAAAUGUUUAGAUGCUUAUUAUAAGCUCUUUGAUUUGCAAACUUGUGCUAGCUCUCUCAUGAGAACGGACUUAGUGCAACUGCUGGUAUUUCCUAAAUCUGUGCGGGCCAGAAAUAAUGCAAAAAUAUGCUCUUUGGCAACACUUCAGCUUUCUAGCAGCUGGCUAGAACCAAAGCACAAAGGCACAUGGAAAUGGUGAUGAAAUAAAAAAAGAAAAUGUCUUCAAAGGCAAAGAAAGAUUCCAUUUCUGUGAGUGGAAAACAUUCCUAUCUCUUGUCUGUCAAUUUGUGUUUAAAAUAAAAGUGGGAUUCUGAAAUUGAAAAAGGUACAGAGUAACUGAUUUUUUUUUUUUUUUAAAUGGCAGUUGUGUGUUGUUACAAUGAAGACGGUACACCUUUAAAGGAAA